AUGUCUGAACGGUCAAAUCACUCUGCAAAGAAGAGAAAGGGUGGGAAAUGGCAGAAGCAGCAGACAAGUCGCGUCGGCAUUGAAUCAGGCGAUGUGGGUGUCUUUGUGACAUGCGACAUGGGCAAAGAAAAAAAUGCUCUUGAGGCCGAUAAGGAAGAGGAAGAAGAGCAAGACACCGAUGAUGAAGAUAUCGAAGCCCAGAUCCGAAGGGAACUGGAGGGCCUACAGCCUAGCAAAGACAAAUCGCGUCAAUUCAAGCCCAUGCAGAUGGACAUGCCAUGUGUGACAUUCAUGCGUCUGGAUCCCUCAAUAGACCCCGUUGCGCUAGUCCACCGUUUGUGUACCGAAGCGUACGCGAACCCAGAGACUAAGAAAAGUCGAUAUAUUAAGCGCAUGCAUCCAGUCACGUCUGUUCGGAAGACUCUGAGUGUGGAUUUGGAGGCUUUUGCUAAAGAGAUUCUCAAGCCCCAUUUCCAUUCGGGAGGGCCACCGAAGACGUACGCCAUUCGGCCUACCGUGCGCGGCAAUUCAAAGCUCAACCGGGACAUUAUCAUCAAGGUCGUCGCUGACGUUGUCGGACCUGAACAUCCGGUGAAUUUGAAGAACUACGAUCUGAUGAUUCUCGUCGAUGUUGCUCAGAAUGUUGUUGGUAUGAGUGUAGUUCAAGGUGAUUAUGAUAAGCUGAAACGCUUUAACUUGGCUGAAAUCUACGACCCUUCUCCGAAAGAAGAGAUAGUCGCCCCGGUCCCCGAAUCUAAGCCUUAG